CGUUUCCGUCUGGUAUUAUAGCCUUUUCGGUACAGUACCUCUGGCAAGUUCACUUUGUUUCUGUUUCCCCAGCAAAACGAAGAAUUCAGGUUUCCUCAGAGCUCGAUUCGCCUCAAGAAUCGAUCUUUUAAAGUUGGCUACUCAGGAUUCGGUAGGUUUUCACUUCUUGGAGUAUGUGAGUACCGCUCAUUUUCUUAGUUGCUAUAAUGGCUGGCAUUAGGCUUUCAAGACUGAGGUCACUUUCUAAUUCCUUGUACUCAUCUUUAAAACCGCCAUCGUCGCCACUAUACAAUUCGUACAUGACGAAUGAAAGAAUUGCCGAUCAUCACUAUUUCAGAUCAUCUUCUGCUUAUGUGGAUAAUUAUUAUGACAAAAGAAAAACUCAAUCUACUGCAAAGUUUAGGAAUACCCAUAUUAAAGUUGCAGCUUCUUAUCCUUUGGCUGGUACCUGUUUCCACAAAACGAAUCCCAUGUCUGCACUACCCUCGACCUCAUCAACAUUGGGUUUCCAGAGUGUUUUUCCUUUCGUUUCAGUAAGUCCAAUGCUGAGACAUCAGUCGGGUUUUCUGUCUUUCAGCAGCAAGGCAGAUAAAUCCACGGACCCUGCAGUUUCAGCAGCCUCUGGUGGAGAGGGAGUAGAUGCAAGUAACAGUGGUUCUGUUGGCAGUGAUUGGGUUGAUAAAGUCAAAGAUGCUUGGCAGAGUAUUAUGGAUGUAGUAGGUUAUAGUGGGGAAAAGGCUAAAGAAGCAUCUAAUGAACUGAAGCCUCAUGUUGAACAGUUGCUUAAUACCUAUCCGUAUCUUAAAGAUGUGGUUGUUCCAGUUGGUUUUACUUUGACUGGCACUGUAUUGGCUUGGGUAGUCCUGCCCAGGAUUUUGAGAAGAUUUCACAAUUAUGCAAUUCAAACUUCAGUCCUACCAUCAGGAAGCUUACUUGGGGAUCAAGUUCCAUAUGAGAAAAGUUUUUGGGGAGCUUUGGAAGACCCAGCCAGAUAUCUAAUUACCUUCAUGGCAUUCUCGCAAAUUGGCAUGAUGGUGGCACCAAGUACUAUUGCAUCAGAAUUCCUUGCCCAGGCAUGGAGGGGUGCUGCUAUCCUUUCAGUUGUCUGGUUUUUACAUCGUUGGAAAACGAAUGUGCUUGCUCAUGCACUGGCUACUCAAAGUUUAGCAGGGAUUGAUAGGGAAAAGUUGUUAACUCUGGACAAAGUUUCAUCCGUUGGCCUUUUUGUUAUUGGAUUAAUGGCUUUAUCAGAGGCAUGUGGGGUAGCUGUGCAAUCUAUUCUAACAGUUGGUGGCAUAGGAGGUGUGGCUACUGCUUUUGCUGCCAAGGACAUCCUUGGAAAUCUGCUCAGUGGAUUGUCGAUGCAAUUUUCAAAACCUUUUUCAUUGGGUGAUACAAUAAAGGCCGGAUCUAUAGAAGGUCAGGUGGUGGAAAUGGGACUUACAAACACAACAAUACUCAACUCCGAGAAAUUUCCGGUUCUGGUUCCGAACUCACUCUUUUCCAGUCAGGUUAUUGUGAACAAAUCACGUGCCCAAUGGCGUGCAGUGGUGACCAAAAUUCCCUUGCAAAUUGAAAGUCUGGACAAGGUUUCCCAGAUAUCGGAUGACAUUAAGAGCAUGCUGCGGUCAAACUCGAAAGUUUUCUUGGGAAAGGAGGCCCCUUUCUGUUUCCUGUCUAAUGUAGACAGUUAUUAUGCUGAGCUGACUGUUGGAUGCAAUCUCAGGCACAUGAGCAAAGAUGAAUUGUACUCUGCACAACAAGAUAUUCUUCUGCAAUCGGUCCAAAUUAUUCGGAAGCAUGGUGCUCAAUUGGGGAGUGCCUCAUUCCAAGGUACACCCACUCAGUGACCAGUGUCCCAGCCGUAGGAACUACGAGAUCACCCGACCAACGCCUGAGGUAUCAAAGGUUUGUGGAAUGUCCAUUUCUUUUUCCCAUUUUCAUCUAGGAGACAAAUCAUGGAACACAAUGGAAAUAGGGAGCGGGAACAUGUUGAGUUUAAAGUGAAUUUUUCACAUGGAUUUUUGAAGAAAUGGCUUUGGACUUGGUGAAAUGCAUUUGGUUCAAUGAGUUGUUAUCGAUAAAACUUAAAUCAAAGUUGUAAUAUUAUCUUA